GAUGAUUCGUGAGGGCGCUAUAACCAGGAAAUGCCGCCAUUUUGUUGAGGUGCUUUGUUGUUACGGAAGAAGUAAUCACUUGAAGGUGAAGCUUGAGCAGUUGGUCGCGAUAAUCGCCCAGAGUUUUCGGUCGGUCGAUUGAUUCAUCGUAUUGUAGCACCUCAUAAACUCUGCGCUAUCCAGUAACAGCCAUGGAGGAAGAAUACGAGGGGAGCAACGGUGGGAGUACACCAGUACAAGAUGAAUAUGAAGAAGAAGGGGAGGAACAAGGAAAUGAAGAUCUUGAGGAAGGAGAAUAUCGGUCGGACUCUGAUGAGGAAUCAGAUAAAGAAGCAAAUGAUGAAGAGAGCAAUGAUGAAGAACAAAAAGACAGUGAUGAUGAGAGAGUGAGUGAGGGUGAAUUUCAAGAAGAAGCUGAGGAGCACGAAAAUGAAGAACAGGAAGAGGGGGAAGACGUUGGUGAGGAAGAUGGUGUGGAAGGGGAUGGUAUGGAAGAACAUGAGGUGGCUAGUGAUGAUGAAGAACAAGAGGGAGAGGAGGAUGGUGAGGAAGAAGAGGUGGGUGUGGAAGAAGGGGAAGAACAGGAAGAGGAAGAGAUGGGUAGUGAUGUAGAACAGGAGGGUGAGAUAGAAGAAGGUGGUGAGGAAGAGGAUGGCAGUGGUGAAGAGGUUGAGGGUCAAGAAGAUGACGACAUUGAAUAUGAACAAGAGGAAGGGAGUGGUAAUGAAGGUGAAGAGGGCGAGGUUGUGAGUGAAGAAGAACAUGAAGAAGCAGUUGAUGAAGAGCAAAGUGAUGAGCAGGAAGUAGCAGGUAGUGACCAUGGUGAUGAUGAAAAUGUAGAAAUUGGUGAUGCAGCAAGUGGAUCUGAAGAAGAUGAAAAUGAGCAAGAAAGUGACAAUGAAGAGAGUGCACAGGUUGAGGAGACAGUUGAAGAAGGUGAUGAGCAUCAAUAUGCUGAGGGGAUACAAGAGGAUAAUGAAGAGGAGAUUGAACAGCAGCAGCAAGAAGAUGAAGAGGAAAGGGGUGCGAAUGAUGUAGAAAUGGGAGAAGAUGCUGAAGAUCAAGAACCUGAUGAGGAAGAGUCAGUAUCAGUUGAGCAAGGUGUUAGUGAAGAGGAAGAAGUAAGAAUUGAACAAGAGAGUGGUGAUGAAGAGAGACAGGAAGAGGAAAAGGAUGAGAAGAGUGAAGAUCAAGUUGCUGCUGAUAUAGAAGAUGGAGAUGAAAGUAGUCUAGGGAAAAAGACAGAAGAGAAUGAUGAACAGUCUGAGGAAGGUAGUGCCAGUAGAGACAAUUCUUUACAGAUUGAGGAAGAAUCUGAACAUAUGCAAGAUGAAGAGUCCAAAUCUACGGAUGUACAACUGAACAAAGAUGAAGAUGAUACAAAUCAGGUUGAUGGAGAUGAAGACACUGUAUCCAGAAAAAGAACUAUUGAUAGUAGUGAUGAUAGUGCUGAUGAAAGUGAUGAAGAAAAAUCAGAAGUUGGAGAAUUGAUUGCAGACAUCUUUGGCUCCAGUGAUGAAGAGGAAGAAUUUGAGGGAUUUGAUGCCGCUGAUCUUGAAGCAACUACAAAAAAGAAAAAGACAGCCAUGAUAUCUUCAGAUGAAGAUGAUGAUGUUGGCAUACCUGAAGAAAAAGAUGAAGAAGAAGCUGUUACCAUGGAAACAGGGCCCACUACGGAAGGACAAGCAGCUUUAGAUUCUGAUGAGGAAGAUGAGGAACUUCGCAAGCAGUCCAGGGAAGAUGAUUUUGUAUCAGACUUUGAUCUCAUGAUUGCAAGGAAGAAACAAGAAAACAAGUCAAGGCGGCGUAAGCGAAGAGGAGAUGAUAUUAUUAAUGAUAAUGAUGAUAUAAUUAUGGCUAUGUUAACACGCAUGAACCAAGCAGCAAAGGAUGACCAACAACUCAAUAAAACAGGCAAAGCAGCUAUCAAUAAACUUAAAAUGCUACCAGUAGUGAUGUCACAAUUAAAAAAACAUGAUUUACAUAUGGCAUUUAUUGACUGUGGUAUUUUAACAUCAUUAAAAGAAUGGCUAUUACCGCUACCAGAUAAAAGUUUACCGCAUCUUAAAAUUAGAGAAGGCAUUCUGGAAAUAUUACAAGAGCUGCCAUCAGUGAAUUCUCACAUGUUAAAAACUAGUGGUAUUGGAAAAGCAGUAAUGUACUUAUAUAAACACCCCAAGGAAAUAAGAAUUAACAGAGAUUUAGCAGGGAGACUUAUCAAUGAAUGGUCUAGACCUAUAUUUGGUGUUGAAGCUAAUUUCAAAUCAAUGACGAAAGAAGAAAGAGAAGCUAGAGACUAUGCACAGAAGCCGAAGAGGAGGAGAUUAAGUUCUGAAAUGGACAAUGUUACAGCCAGGAGUAUAGAUACAGCAUUACAAACAGGACAGAAAGCACUAAGGCCUGGUGAUAAAGGGUGGAUUGGUAGAGCACGUGUACCAAUGCCUUCAACAAAAGAUUACGUUGUGAGACCAAAAUGGAAUAUUGAAGCUGAAGUUGCCAGGGGUGGUAAGAAACCAGUGUCCAGGUUAGAUAAACACAUGAGGAAAUUCAAGGAAAGAAAACAGCAAAGCAAGAAUAAAAAUCCACGUGCUGUAAAUAUUAGUAUUGAAGGACGCAAGAUGUCUCUAUAGCAACUGAAUUGGUGUAUCAUACAACACAUUGUAUAUAGACACAGUAUGCACUACCAUGAGUUUAUGAGUAGAACAAUUAGAAAUGAACUCUUUGUGACAGAAGCAGCUUCAACUCAUUAAACCAUGCCUAAAUUGGUUAUACAGACAGUAUGGUAAAGUUAACAUUAAGAGUCUAAACCAGUUGUUACCACUUUGAAAACAUUCAUCUCUGUUAAACCAGUUGUUACCACUUUGAAAAUGUUCCACCCC